UUCGUAGUAAGAGAUCUCCACUACUAUCUUAAAAGCAAAACCUCUUGUGACUUCCCAACAAAAAAAAAAUCAUACACAUCAAAUUAACUUUUUUGGCCAUGACGAACAUCAGUCUUACGAAUCCAUCUUGUUUCACACUUGUUCUAUUUUUCAUUACGCUGGUUUUGGCUUUUGCCAUACGUUCCUUGAGAUCCAAGAAACCAAAAGGCCAGCUUCCUCCGGGUCAAUGGGGAUGGCCAAUUAUUGGAAACUUGUUCCAAAUGGUCAUGAACCGGCCGACUCACCUGUGGAUCCACCGCGUCAUGAAAGACAUGCGCACGGAGAUAGCUUGCUUUCGCUUUGCCGGCGUCCAUGUCAUCACCGUAACCUCAAGCGAGAUUGCCCGAGAAGUGCUUAGGGACAAAGACGAGGCUCUCGCGGACAGAUCGGAGUCGUACUCGAGUAAUCUCAUCAGCCAUGGCUACAAGGACAUUAACUUCUCUCCAUACGGAAAGAAAUGGAAGAUGAUGAAGAAAGUGAUGACCACCAAACUAAUGUCUCCGACAACAUUAAACAGGACUCUUGGUGAUAGAACCUUAGAAGCAGAUAAUAUCAUCACGUACGUCUUCAAUCUAUGCCGAUUAGGGUCAACGACGAAGCCCGUUAACGUGAGAGAUGUCGCCUUAACUUAUUGCCACGCCGUGAUGAUGAGGAUGAUGUUUGGCCAGAGGCAUUUUGAUAAACCGGCAAAGGACGGUGGUCUAGGGCAGAAAGAGAAAGAGCAUUUGGACGCAAUAUACCGAUCUCUCGAUUGCUUUUUCAGCUUUAAGGUAACGAAUUAUAUCCCUUUUCUUAGAGGAUGGAACAUCGAUGGAGAGGAGGCAGAGGUAAGAGAAACGGUUGAUAUUAUCAACAAGUGCAACGACCCGAUCAUCCAGAAGAGGAUGCACUUGUGGAAGAAUGAAGGUGGAAAAGAGACGGAAGAAGAUUGGCUCGAUACUCUUAUCGCGCUAAAAGAUGAGCAAGGAAUGCCUUUGUUCACAUUUGAUGAGAUUAGAGCUCAAUGCAAGGAUAUAAAUGUUGCAUCCAUCGACAAUACGAUGAAUAACGUGGAGUGGACGUUAGCGGAGAUGUUGAAUCACCCAGAGAUUCUUGAGAAAGCCAUAAAUGAGUUGGACAUGGUAGUUGGUAAAGACAGGCUUGUCCAAGAAUCAGAUAUACCUCAACUCAAUUACAUCAAAGCUUGUAGCCGAGAAUCUUUCCGGCGUCACCCAGCUAAUGCGUUCAUGCCUCCUCAUGUUGCCCGAGAAGAUACUACCCUCGCUGGUUAUUUCGUCCCCAAAGGCAGCCAAAUUCUAGUGAGCCGUCUAGGACUUGGUGAGAAUCCUAAGAUAUGGGACGAGCCUGACGCGUAUAAGCCAGAGCGACAUCUUAAUGAUGAGUAUGCUAGGGACUCCACGGGAGUGACUCUGAUGGAACCAGACAUGCGGCUCGUGAUAUUCAGCACGGGUCGGCGUGUCUGCGCAGGAACUAAGAUUGGGGCAUCGAUGACAAUUAUGCUGUUAGCCAGGCUUCUCCAGGGGUUCGAAUGGGCUCUUCCUUGUGGUACAAGCAAAAUAGAGCUCGUCCCCGCGAAGAGCAACUUGUUUAUGGCCAAGCCUCUAGUUGCAUCUGUGAAACCCAGGUUGGCUCCUCAUAUGUAUCCGAAAAUCCAGAUUUAAAAUAUCGAGAGAGAGACUAUUUCCCUGGUAAAUCGUCAAGAUCUUGAUGUAUAAGAAGUCAAAUAAGGUUAAAUUUCUAAUCUAAAUCUCUCAGCGAAUAUGUUCUCUUUUGGAAAAUAAGUAUGAC